AGAGAGCUCCCACUUUUUCGUUUGCACCACAUUCCUGGGAUUCCACAAUUCUGAUGUCAGAAGGGACGGCUCACACUUCUAUCUAAACCUAUACGCUUCUCGCGUCUCUUGGGUGAUUUCGUGGUUUAAAAUUAUCAUAUUCUAAUUUUCAGAUUCACGGGGAAGGAGAUCGCAAACUGCGGAUUACUGGGCGAGUUUUAGGCAUACGCGCGUUUUAUUAUUAUUAUUUUUUGGUACGGAAAGAAAACUUUGGAUUUUUAACCUUGGAGUAAAAGUAGAUUUGAAGGCUAGAAAGAACGUAUUGAGUCUUGGUGUGGAAAAUUAUCCACAUUUAAAAGUUUUAAAACGACUUUUCUUUAUUUUUCGGAAAGAAGGAUCUAUGCACAGUAAAGGAAUCUUUUUUGGGAUUGUGGAACCAGUUUCAAACUUCAAGAUUUGGAUAUACAGGAUAUAGUGGGAUUCCUGCUUAAGGGAAACAUACAAAGAAGGCAUGUAACGAGUCCCGGGAUCUGGGAUCUUUCACAUUCAUGGGGAAUGGGACAGUCAUUUUCAGCUGCAGAGCUCUUUGGCUGGGGGUCUAACUCACAAGAGCAGCAGAGGGCAUCCUAAAGCAGAGGAGAGGGUGGGUUAAUAUCCCUCGCCUGACCCCUCCAGUCAUGCCUUUCCGGCUCAAGCUGUGCCGCACACGGCGCUACAACGUCCUGAGCAAGAACUGCUUUGUGACCCGAAUACACCUGUUGGACAACAAUGUCAUCGAGUGUACCCUGUCUGUGGAGAGCACGGGGCAGGAGUGCCUGGAGGCAGUCGCUCAGAGGCUUGAACUCCGAGAGACACACUAUUUUGGCUUGUGGUUCCACAGUAAAUCACAGCUCCAAAGAUGGGUGGAGCUGGAGAAAGCCCUCAAGAAGCAGCUGGACAAAUUUGGCAAUGAGCCUCUUCUUUUCUUUGGUGUGAUGUUUUACGUGCCAAAUGUCUCCAGACUCGAGCAGGAGGUCACAAGGUAUCAGUAUUACCUCCAAGUUAAAAAGGAAGUUCUUGAUGGACGUCUUCAGUGUACGGUUGAGCAAGGUAUUAGACUGGCUGGUUUAGCAGUACAAGCUGAUUUUGGAGACUUCAACCAUUUCCAGUCCCAGGAUUUCCUCAGGGAGUAUGUGCUCUUUCCAGUGAAAUGGACCCAAGAUGAAGAAGUACUAGAAGAGCUGACUCAGAAAGUUGCUGAAGAGCACAAGAGUCACUGCCGAAUGCCACCUGCAGAAGCAGAGCUCCUGUAUAUUAAAGAAGUGGAGAGGCUUGAAGGUUUUGGGCAAGAAAGCUUUACUGCUAAGGAUAACUUUGCCAGUGACAUUUAUCUUGGAGUUUCUUUUAUGGGGGUGUUUGUCAAACACAGAAAUGGAAGAUCAACCAUUGUAUAUAGAUGGAAUGACAUUGGCAAUAUCACACACAACAAGUCAGCAAUUACCAUAGAGCUAACAAACAAAGAGGAGACUGUCCUUUUUCACACAGAUGAUAUGGAAAUGGCCAAAUAUAUUUCAAGAUUGUUCACUGCCAGACACAAAUUCUACAAACAGAACAAAAUUUGUACAGAACAGUCCAAUUCGCCUGCACCAAUAAGGAGAAGACCAACGUGGAGCCGUUCAUCACUGCAAAGACCUCAGUCAUAUAUCCUGCAGCCAAUGCAUACCCAAUAUGGAGAACACUAUCAAGAAACGCGAACUUCACAAGACAGCAUAUUCCAUGAAGAUAUUAACCCCUACUACAAAUCCCAGACGAGUCUCGAUAGGUGUCCAGUUGACUAUGCCUUCAUGAAUGGGACUGUUCCCAAUGGCAGUGUGUACAGUACCCCCAGCAUGAACUCUCUCAACCAUUCCCAGACUUUCAUUCAGGCUUCUCCAAUGUCUUCCAAUCUCAGCAUUCCUGGCAGUGAUAUCAUGAGACAGGACUACAUUCCCAGCCACAGACAUAGUGCUAUUAUUGCACCCUCCUACCGUCCGACCCCCGAGUAUGAAGCAGUGAUGCGACAGAAGAGAGGGAUUGUCCACAUGGACCAUAGCCAGUCCCUCAGAAACCUCAACAUCAGCAACACCUUUGCGUACAGGCAACCCGAAGGCAUGGUAUACAGCCAACCAGAAAUGAGGGAGAGGCAGUAUCCGAGUCCUUAUGGCCCACAGGUCAGUUACAGCAAACCAGUUGCUCCCUCAGCUCAUGUGAACCCCAGCAACUCAGCAGCUAGUCAGGCAGCUGCUAGUGCCAUAUCCCAUACUGUGAGUACACCUGAGCUUGCAAACAUGAAGCAGCAGGGCACUCAGGGCUAUAGCACAGCCCACAUGCUGAGAAACCACUUUUCAAGACCUCCACCCCCUUAUCCUCGCUUCCGACCAGCCACCAGUACCCCAGACCUGGCCAGCCAUCGCCACAAGUACAUCAGUGGAAGUAGCCCUGAACUGGUCACUCGCAAGGUGCAGCUAUCUGUCAAAACCUUCCAGCCCGACAGCUCCCCUGUAGUGCACCAGUCCCUGCAGGAGGUGAGUGAACCCCUCACAGCUGUCAAGCACCAUCCCUCAGUAAAUAAGCGCCACAGCCUAGAAGUCAUCAGCAGCAUGGUACGUGGUAUGGAGGCCAUGGCCUUGAAGACGCUCAAUGCCCCUUUGCCCCGGAGGAACACAUUGAGGGAACAGGUGCAGCCCAAAGAGUCCAUUCAGAAGGCCCAAGAAGCAACCGCACAGUAUCAGCACAAGAAGACUUUGUCCAACGCCACCAUGUUGAUACACAGCAGUGAAAGUGAAGAGGAAGAGGAGGAAACCCCAGAUUAUGAUGUUCAGAUCCCAGGGCUCAAUGAAGACAUCAGUGCCCAGCUGCAGGCAGCUUUGGCUAAAAUUCCUAAUAAGCCCCCCCCUGAAUACCCAGGUCCUAGGAAGACAGUUAGUAAUGGAACUCUGAGGCAUGAGAGAAACCAGGGUACAGAAGAGGCAGCAAGAAUGCGAAUGAUGAAAGCUGGUCAGAGUCAGGUCACCCCCCACUCUCGCAGUGAGCAGAUCGCUGUCAGUGGCUCCCUGCUUGGACCAUCGAUUUCAGAGCCUGACUUGACAAGCGUGAAAGAGCGCGUCAAGAAGGAGCCGGUCAAGGAGAGGCCCGUGUCAGAAAUGUUCUCUAUUGAAGACAGCAUUGUGGAAAGAGAAAUCAUGCAGCGGACUUUGGAAAAGCAGAAGAUGGCAAUGGAUUCUCUGAAGAGACCUUUAAUGAUGGCAGCACUGAAUGGUCUGUAUGUUUCAAGGAUGCCAGUGCCUGAGAACCAGCAAGACGAUUCCUCCAAAGUAACUACAGAUGAAAGGUGUAAGAUCCUGGAAAGGAAGUUGGAAGAGGACAGAGUUUUCACAGAAUAUGAGCAGAUCCCAAAGAAGAAAGUGGACUGCGUCAUCACCACAGCAAUCUUACCAGAAAAUGUAGAGCGUAAUCGCUUCAGGGAUGUGGUGCCAUAUGAAGAGAACCGGGUUGAGCUGGUGCCAACCAAAGAAAACAACACUGGCUACAUAAAUGCCUCUCACAUUAAGGUGACCAUCAGUGGAGAGGAGUGGCAUUACAUUGCCACACAGGGGCCAUUGCCCGGCACAUGCCAAGAUUUCUGGCAGAUGGUCUGGGAGCAGGGAGUAAAUGUCAUUGCCAUGGUAACUGCAGAAGAGGAGGGUGGAAGACCAAAGAGCCACCGGUACUGGCCUAAACUGGGAUCUAAACACAACUCUGCCACAUAUGGCAAGUUUAAAGUGACGACUAAGUUCCGCACAGAUUCUGGUUGCUAUGCAACUACAGGUUUAAAGGUCAAGCAUCUUUUGUCUGGGCAAGAGAGGACCGUGUGGCAGCUGCAGUACACUGACUGGCCAGACCAUGGGUCUCCUGAAGAUGUGCAAGGAUUCCUAUCCUAUCUGGAGGAGAUCCAGUCUGUCCGUCGUCAUACCAACAGUAUGCUGGAUACCUCAAAGAGUCUCAACCCUCCCAUCGUGGUGCAUUGCAGUGCAGGAGUGGGCAGAACCGGAGUGGUCAUCCUCACAGAGCUCAUGAUCAGCUGCUUGGAACAUAAUCAGAAAGUGGAUGUUCCCAUGAUGCUCGGGAAGCUUAGGCAGCAGCGCAUGCUGAUGGUCCAGACAAUUUCACAGUACCAGUUUGUUUACCAGGUUCUCAUUCAGUUCCUCAGAAACUCCAGGCUUAUAUAACCGGAUUAAAACUAGGUGGAGUUUGCUGCGCUACUGUUGAAUAUCUCGGCUACUUACGCCCUUGAGAGAGACAAAAGUAUAAUUGUUUAUAAACCUUAUCUGAAAAGCAGCUUUGAACAAACAGAUUCAGAUUCAGGACAAAGUCUGCAUUUGAAAAAUCAUUGUAUUUUUUUGUUUUAUUUUUAAAUACAACACAUUCUUGUAGGUUCUAUUCAGGCUGAUAUAAAAAAAAAACAUUUUUCUUUUGUGACGUCAAGUUACCAUUGACAUAAGGAAAAUAAUAAAAUGCCUACAGUGAACAUCCCCACCCUCACUCUUCCAUUAUGUGUUGCAGUAAUUACAUGGACAUCAUGGAUAUGCUUCUGAACAUAUGUUCUUAGUUUUAGAGAAGUGUCAUUUUUGAAGAAGGCAUAGUGACAUCAUGGCACUCCCUUUUAAUUCACUGUAGAAAUGUAAGAGUUUUGUUUUUUGGCAAAAUGUUUCAUGAUUGUUAACUUCAAAAUGCAUGAGAUGGCCUAGGUGUCAUACUGUUUCACAUGAGAAAUUGUGCAAUGAUUGCAAACCUACUAGUGCUCUUUGUGAUGCACCCAUUUGUCUGCUAAUCAGGAUGUUUUACCUAUUUGAAACACCAAUUAGUGAAGAUCAUAUGUUCUAGAAGACUUAUUCUUAUAAUCUACUCUAUAUCUGUUCCAUUUUUAUCACAACACAGCAUAUUUUGAUGCAUUGGGACUUUGUAAAGAAAUUUUCCUUUAGCUAAUAUAUUCUUAAACGUUGCUAAUGUAGACUGCAAUAAAUGAUAAACAAAUGCUUCCCCUUGUAUCAUGAUGGCAUGGUUCUCUUGAUUAGUUGCUCUUUGUACCAGGACCAUCUUAAAAAGUAAAACUAUUGACUGUAUAUUUAUAUUCUAAAUAUACUGGUUGAUCACACAUGCUGUAUGAUCAAACAAACUGUUUACUGGGACAGAAAAGAAAAGGAGAUGUUGAGUGAAUAAUACUGAGGACAAUACUAAAAUAUAAUGAAAUGCAAAUAUUACUUCUGGACAGCAGAGGUCAGUAGACACCAUCAUUCUAGUGAUUUUUUGGCAUUUUCCAGAGUUAAGCAAUGUGCAAUUACAGUUAACUGUGCAGCAUCAGAAAUGCUAGCUGAUUUUUUGUCUAAAUUCUCUUGCUUUUUUCUUUGGGAAAUAAAGCAGGUAGUUACAAAAUAUUAACAUAGUAACUGUCGAAAACAUUUAAUUUUUUCUAGUGUAUUUUUAUAAUUUAUUUUAUAAGAGACAGUGAAAAGUAACAUUAAGGAUAUUUUUUGAAUUACUGACCUUACUGUAAGACUAAAGAGACAAACUUUUCACCUCCAGCGUAGCUUUGUGUGCAAAUGUAAGAGAUACGAGUGUAUAUAUAUAGCUGUUAUGGCCAUGUUUGUUUUUCACAACUUUGUAAACAUUUUUAUCUUUAAGAAUUUGGGAUGUGUUUUAUACAUAAUGGGGAAAAAAGCUACAAAAAUACUUUUUUUUUUAGAAUUAGUAUUUUUUUUUCUAAGUUUUACAAUCUAUUUUAAAAUUCACACAUAUUAGUAGAUAGCUUGAGUUUAGAAAAUGUUCAUAUUUGAGAGAUAAGUACAGAGGACAUUUUAGUUGUAAUUAUGCUGUCACAUGACUGCCCACAGCCAUAACGCCCUUUGAAGCCAUACCUAUGCAUUGUCUCAAUACUCAGCAAUUUCAUUUCUAAAAUUUGAGUGUACAUUUCAAUUUAUUAAAAGUGGGAAAAUGCAGUCAAGACCUGUGCAAGUCUAAGUUUCUUCCCCGUGGUUCAGCACUUUUGUAUUUUUGAAGCAAAGCAAUCAGAAUUGUACAGCAGUAUUGGUUUUAUUUCUAGAAAACAUCAGGGGUCCUUGUUUCUCACUGUUAACCAAAUGUUUACCCCAUCAUUACUGGAUUAAAUGUUUUUUCACCCACAGAAAUCAGACUGAGACACAUAAUUCUUAAUUAAUGUUUUCAAUUUAGAAGUAUUAUUUAAAAGUUAUGUAUGAGUUCAAAAUAUAUUAGUAGGCAAAUGAAUACAAAAGGGACUGGAAACUGAUGAUCCUUCCACAAAAGACUGAGAAGAAAAACUGGGUUGCUAUUCACAUAUGUUUGUUGAAUUUGAAACACUUUAAAAAAGUAGAUCAUUUCAAACAGGUGGAAUCUUAAAAGAAUUUCCUAGAUGUCAGAUACAUUGUAUAUUUCCUUUUUGCAGGUUUAUUUCAGUCCCAUUCAUUCCAUUUUCUGUUCAGUGGACUGAUUUACAGACAUUAUUUUGUACUUUGGGGAAUCUAAUUUAUAAUAAAUUUUGGAUUUUGCCUAUUAUUUGGCAAAACUGACACCUUGAACUCAAUAGUCCCUGUCACUGGCUAUGCUUAUAAUUCACAAACUGAAAUACUACAAAAGCACUGUUCUAAUCCUGUAUAAUUCGUUUUGUCACACCCUGUUUAAUUUACAAGGAAAGCAUUCAAGGCUUGCAUGCUUUUGCAUAUAAGCAAUGUGAAAAAGAUGUUUCUCACACGUGUGCAGAUCUGCAUAUUUUAAAACAGGUGCUUACAUUGAAAUCUGUUGUAAAUUAUUUUACCAUAAAAUGUAUUAAUAAUUUGACAGUUUUGAAAAAUGUUAACAAAAUAUUUCAUUUUGAGCACCAUUCACUCUUAGCAACAGUAAUGCAAGAUCCAACUUAGUGUUAAUACAUUUUUACUGGAUGCAGAGGGUAUUUGAAUUCAUUGUCACCAUUGCCUGAAAUCAUCUACUUUUGUAUUCCAUUAACUGAUCUUUUGGUAGAUUUAAAAAGCAGACAGGUUAUUAUGUUUAGAAAGCGAUUACUAUUGUUAGUGUCUCUAAAAUUACAAUGAUUGCUUGUCUUAUAUCAGAAAAAAAGUGCCUAAUAUCUGUUACAACCUAAUAGUUGUAAUCUGAAAAAGAAUUAAAAAAAUGUAUAAUAUUCAACAUUUUUCCAGGGAAGUGUGAUGCAAGAGGAGUGAGAAACACCCUUAUGUAUUAAUUACAUUUUGGACAUAAUGGAAUUUUCAUUAAAGUUUUUGACAUGGUACUUUUUAAUACUGUAAAAAAAACUUUUUAAACUAUGCAUGCCUUUUUAUAUUCUUAAUGUAUAUGUACUCAAAUCAGUAUAUAAGCUUGUGCUUUCCAGUUAUUUAUGACAGUAUUUUGUGCACUUUGUGACAGUAUUUUCUGAAAUGCAUUCCAGUUUUAAUUUUUUUAAUGUAAUACAUCACAUUUCUUACAACCUUUCCUAAUUUUGUACAGUUGUUUAAUAUAUGCUUCAUAGCUGCAGUAAAUUUUCCUCAAUGUAAAAAUGCUGUCAUUCCUCCUUUUUAUGCAAUAAAGCAUUAUUUUCAAUACAUUUUACAUAUACAAUAUAUGUAAAUGUAUAUACUAAAUUUAAAUUUAUAGUAUAUCAGUUUACAUAUUGUCUGUCUCUAUAUGCAGUAUAAGAUUAAAAAUCACUUGAAAAACUAUUUGAACAUUU